AUGUAAAAUUUGUGAAUUUAAAAACGAAAUUGGAAAAAAAAAUUAAAAAAUAUAUAUUUCGGUGAAAAUUUAAAUUCUUCUGCCCUCGACUUGAUUGUGAGUCAGCACAUGAAAACAGACACAAAUUACAUGACUUUAAGUGAUUUUCUCAAUCAGUGCAAAACAAAAAUAAACAAUAAUUUUCAUAUAAAAGCUACAUCUUUUGUCUGAAGGUUCUCGAUACAGCAACGAAACGAAAGGAAAAGCUAUCAUUUUCAUCUUUAUAGCUGUAAACAAUUUUUAUCAAUCUAGCACAAACACAUACAAUAGGUCAGUUAAGGAAAAUCUGUCCAAAUAAUCACAUAUUUUACUCGACGCUGAAAUUGCUGACCGAUUGGAAUGAAUGUCAAUGCGAAUAACGGUGCGAAAAUCAAAAUACCCGAAAAUAUUAGCCGCUAAAGAAACUGGAUAUAAAUUGAACGAAACAAAAUUUGUGGCGAAUUAUUCGAGUAAAGCAGAGAAAACACACAUUUAAUACUCAGCAGGAUGUCAAACAAUCGCACAUCGAUUUCCGAUAGAACACCGUCGCACCGGCAACUGCACGGCGAACCAGAUAAACAACAUAACCAUGAACAAAUGAAUGCGAUGACAAAAAGCAACAAACACUCCAGCCAAAAUCAUCAUCUUUCUUCACAUGAAGACUGCGAUAUCAUCGGGGAAAUCAUUGGCAAAUACGGGAAAUAUCAAUUUUUUAUGACAUUUUUACUAUCUUUAUUCCAAAUACCAAACACAUUUCACAUAUCUUCGCCCAUUUAUCAAGCAGCCGAUAAACAUUUUUGGUGUAAACGUCCAGAUAAUUUGAGUCACAUCGAUAUCAAUGUAUGGCGAAACCUAAGUGGACUAAAAAGCUGCAGCAUAAGUAAACACAACUGGAAUCAGAUAACAAACACGCAUAUGUUGGAAGCGCUUGUUCAAAAUACAACGGAUCCCAUAAAAUGUACCGAAUGGGAAUUCGAUAUGGCUGAUAAUUUGGGCAAUACCUGGACAUCCCAAUGGAGUUUGGUGUGUGACAGUGAAUAUUUGAAAAAUGUGGCCGAAAUGUUUUUUCUCGUUGGUGUCGCAUCAGGUGGCAUUAUAAGUGGAUAUUUAUCGGAUAAAUUUGGCCGACGAACGAUGCUGUUUUGGUCGGUGAUCUUUCAAACGAUUUUCGGUAUUGUUCUUUACAUUCCAUUGUCGUUUCGAGUGCAUUUAGCGUUACGUGGUUUGCUCGGUUUGGUAUCGGUCUCAGUCACAUAUGCCGGUCUUAUAUUGGCCAUUGAAUUUGUCGACGGCAAAUGGCGAACAAUUGCUGGAAUGUACAAUUUAUUUCCAUUGCCCGUUUCAUACAUGUUAAUCUCGGGCAUUGCUUAUCUUACGCAAGAUUUUCGUGUUUUACAACUAUGCAUCGCAAUUCCUGGCAUCUUUCUGUGCUUUUUAUGGUUUGUGAUCCCAGAGUCGCCUCGAUGGCUACUGUGCAAAGGUCGAACCGCCGAAGUGGCAACAAUCAUUCGAAAAAUAUGUGCAGUCAAUAAACGUGAAUGUCCGCCAAAUGUUGAAAAACUGUUGAAACCGCCUCCAUCCGCUGACAAAACGAACGAUGGAUGCAUUUCGUUGUUUGGCAAUUCGUACUUACGUUUAAUAACCAUUUGCUUUCCUUUGAUUUGGUUCACCAUCAAUUUGGUGUAUUACGGUCUGAUUUUGAAUAUGAACAGCUUCGAUGGAAAUGUUUAUUUGAAUUCGGCUUUGGCUGGUCUAGUCGAAUUACCUGCGAUCGGAAUUGCCAUUAUCAUUAUCAUGUGGGUUGGAAAAAAAUGGAUUUUAUUUUCAACAAUGUUUUGCGCUGGUGUUUCCUGCUUAUGUAUUACAUUCAUCGGAAACAAUUCAAGCAUUCAAUGGUUGAAAAUUACCUUUUUAAUGUUAGGAAAAUUUACAAUUAGCGCUGGAAACACUGUAAUGCCCGUUUAUACAGCCGAACUGUAUCCAACGGCCAUUCGAAAUGCCGGCGUUGGCGCUUGUAAUAUGGCGGCGGGUGUUGCUUUGAUUAUUGUUCCAUAUUUAUCACUUUUGGAUCAAUAUUACUUGAUGUUGUUGGUAGCAUUGUUCAGUAUGUUUGGCAGUCUUGUUGUCAUUUGUUUGCCUGAGUCAAUGCCACACAACGCAAUCAAACGUACUUCAAACGCAUCUCAACACAGUGGCGAGGAACAGCACGAAGAGCGUGCGUAUGUAUUUUCUGCAUAGAAAUGUUCACAAACAUUGAAAUUCAUCAUUGUGCAUUUUGGAUGCAAACUCACAUUUUUUGAGACAAACAGCCCAUCUAAUCAGUAAGAAUGCGUAUUAAUUGUUUUCGACUCCAAAUGCAUAUGAAAAACAAUUUGAAUUUUUUUUGUUGAGAUUGUACUUUAGAUGCUCUAAAAAAUCGUUUAAUUAAAUUGAAAACAACACAAAAGUAUAUGUCAGUGUCUAAUGUGUAUUUAUAGUGUUACCACCACGAUUGAAAAAUGAUGUUUAAAAUAAUAAUAGUUUAUUUUAGUGGGGCUGGAGUAUUUAAUCCAAAAUUUAGCAAAAAAAAAAUGUUCAGUCGGCCCAAAAGUAGCUGUUGCCGUUGAUGUUGUUGUUUUUGAAAGUAAUUAAAAUAUUAUGUGUUCUGAAUGUUGAAGAUAAGAGAUAAAAAAAAGUAUAAAAUAAAAUCCAAAGAUUAUGUGAAAUUGACAAUAAUUUCUUUGGAAAUCUCGAAUCGGUGAAGUUGUUGAUUGAAACAAACAUAUUCAUAUCAGAGGAAAACGCAUUUACAGUGUGAAAAAUUGAACGCAACCGUUUGCAAAAAUAAAAACGAAAAUUUCACAUAAUACAUUAAAAGUAUAUCUCCAAUACUUUUUUUUUUUGAAUCACCUGCUGUUAGCUCAUAAAAAGAGAAAAAAGUGUUUAUUUUGAAUUUUGUUCCGCAUCUGAAUUGUACAAAUCUCCCCCUUUGUGUCACAAAGAUAAUAUGCAGCCAAUAGAACGAUUUCGUGAAGUUGGCGCAAACAAAAUAUAUUGGCUAAUUCAGAAUUCAAAGCAAAAACAAUGUAGAUGAUAAAAAGCAGGAAGUUUUUUUGUGAACAACAAAAUCAAACAUAAGCAUCAGUGAGAUUAUCAUUUUAUAAAAUAGAAUCGAACAAUUUAAACAAACCAUAUGCAUAAAUAUACUAUACAAGUAAUAAAUAAACAGUUUAAAUGUUUAAAUAAAAAAAAGCAAAUUUAUUUGGCUGGUCCAAAUAAUUUGAUAUUAAAAAAAACAACAGCCAAGAGUACAGUUUUCAAACAAAUAUAUGAUUCAUUAGAAGUUAAGCACACACAGAAAAUAAUAAGAAAAAAUAGCCAAAAACAACAAAAAUACACACAUUUUGUAGUCAUAAUAGAAAAUCAUAAAAUAUGUCAAAUAUUCAUAAAAACUUAUUCUCAUUGAAAAUUUAGAUUGAGCGGCGAAAAGUAAACACUUGAACAAGUGUUCUUUACUCCAUAAUCGUUGGCUCAAAUAGUUUCAAUGUUCUGAAAUUGUCAAGACAAAUCAGACGAUAGCAUAUAUGCGACCUAAACUGCUAAUCUUUCUUUUCUUACUGUGAAGUAUCUCCAUCCCCCCCUCCAAAAAAAGAAAAAGAAGUAUAUUUUUCAUUUGUAGACUUAUAAAAUUGAGUAUUUAGAAAUUAGCUUAUGUUUAGUCGCCCAAUAUCACAUCGCUAGUAAAACUUAUCAGUAAUUUUGAAUUUAUUUUACGAUAAUCGAUAGCAAAUCGAAUUAGAACUUGUUUGAAUUUACGAAAUUGGAUCUUGUAUUUUUCGGUAAGAUCGAAACGGUACUUACUUUAAUCAAAUAUCGUUAAAUGCAAAGUUGUAGAUGAAGGCAAAACAAAAAGAAUUGUGUGUUUGUGUUCGUACUUAAGUGAAUAAAUAUGUAUUUCUUAUUGCAAUCAAAAGCAUGUAUUAAUGUUUAGGCGUGAAACGAAUUAGACUUUGGUUUUAAGCAUAAAACUAUUACAUUAGAAAACAGAGCCGAUGAAAUAAAAUCAAAAAAAAAAAAAAAA